ACUCGGCCUACUGGAAAGAUGGCCGCCGGGGGCCUCAGGCCAGCAUUGGCCUCAUUCAGCCGCUAAAGGGAAAGCUUGCCCCCCGUAGCCAAGCUUGGGGGCGGGGGAGGAUGACUCCCCAGAGGAUAAUUACGUCCGUGGCGGGCUCCGGUUGGCCGACGAGGCCCGCCCCCUGCCCACAGACGAGAUGGCGCCUCGCCGUUUCGCAGGCCUCCGCCAGGCCGCUCGCCCUUCCGGCUCCGUCGCCCACAGUGAAGAUGGCCGCGGUGGAGAAGCGGCGCCCCGCCGCGCCGGUUGCCGGUUAUCCGGAGGCGAACCGAGCGGCGCCGGGCCGGGGGCCCGCGGCGGAGAGCGAGGAUGAGUUUCUGCGCCACAGCGGGGUGACGGACAUGCUGCGGGCGGCGCUGCUGAAGGUGCUGGAGGCACGGCCCGAGGAGCCGCUCCCUUUCUUGGCCCGUUACUUCGAAAACCUGGGCCUGAGCUCGCUGGCCUACGGGGGGGUCGGGGAGCCCGCGGGGCAGCUCCUCGCCCCCCAGCAACGCAUCGGCUGGGCCCUGUGGCACCUGCGGCUGGCUCACCACUCCCAGAGGACGGCCUUCAACAACAACGUCAGCGUGGCCUACGAGUGCCUGAGCGUGCGCGACUGGAAGAAGAAGCCGGGACUGGACGGGCGCACCUACAGCGAGCUGCUGAAACGGAUCUGCCGGGACGGCCAGGCCCCCGACUGCAUCGUGGCGCCGUUGCUAGACAAGAUCCAGUGCCGGGACCACGAGGCGGUGCCCUUCGCCAUCUUCCGAUCCGGCAUGCUCACCUGCUUCGUCCUCCUGGAGUUCCUGGCCCGGGCCGGAGCCCUCUACGCCGUCCUGGAUGACUCGGGCCGGGCAGACCCCCAAGUGUGCCGGGCGGUGCUGGACACGCUGGAGGAGGCACUGGGUACCGGCAGCUUCUCGGUCCCGGUGCACUACCUGGAGGCCAGCUCCAAGCUGGGCCCGGACGCCCUGGCCGGGGCCAUGGACAAGGCCCUGCUGGGCCCAAAGCGCCGCUCGGCCAUGCCGCGGGACGAGUUCCUGGAGAAGGCCGCUGCCCUGUUCCUCGCCAAGGUCAGGCCCGUCGACUGACUCCGCCCGACUCCCGGACUGCCCAGUCCGGGUCGGGCGCUUGAGGCGGGGAUCCGGGGCUCGUUGGGUGCCUGAGCGACGUGUCCCGCCCUACCUCAGCUCGUCAGUUGGCGGAGAGGGGAGGGCCAUCAGCCCACUGCUCCCCGGCCCGC